AUGGCCUCACGUAAACUCAACGUGCUGGUCUACACCGGCACCGGCACGACCGUCGAAUCGGUCCGCCACUGCAUCUACUCCCUCCGCCGCCUCCUCUCCCCAACCUACGCCGUCAUCCCCGUCGCCGAGGCCGCCCUCCUAAAAGAACCCUGGCAACCCACCUGCGCCCUCCUCGUCAUCCCGGGCGGCGGCGACCUGGGCUACUGCCGCGUCCUCAACGGCCCCGGGAACCGCCGCAUCGCCGACUACGUCCGCCGCGGCGGCGCCUACCUCGGCUUUUGCGCCGGCGGGUACUACGGCAGCCGCCGGUGCGAGUUCGAGGUCGGCGAUCGGACGCUCGAGGUCAUCGGGUCCCGCGAGCUCGGGUUCUUCCCGGGGACGUGUAGGGGUGGUGCGUUGAAGGGGUUCGAGUAUCAUUCCGAGAGGGGCGCGAGGGUGGUGAGGUUGAGUGUGAAGGAGGGGUUUGGGGAAGGGGAGGAAGUGUUGAGUUAUUAUAAUGGCGGAGGCGUCUUUGUUGAUGCUGAAAAGUUUGAGAAUGUGGAGGUUCUUGCGCAGUAUGCUGAUGAGAUUGCCGUUGAUGGGGGAGCUGGGAAAGCGGCCGUGAUUCACUGCACAGUCGGCUCGGGCAAUGUCAUCUUGACCGGUCCUCAUCCAGAAUUCGCGGCGGCAAACCUCAACCCCCAACCCCAGAUCCCCUCCUACGAAGCCCUCGUGUCCUCACUUGCAGCAGCCGACGCAGCCCGCGUAACCUUCCUCCGCGCAUGCCUCUCCCGCCUCGGUCUAGACCUCAGCGCCGACCCCUCCGCGCCGCCCUCCCUCUCCCGCAUGCACCUUACCUCGGCGAACCACGUCGAAGUCGGCGAGAUGCUCGCGUCCUGGGAGGAGGCUAUUACCCGCGAGACCGGCCAGGGCCAGGAUGCCGAUGAAAAAGAGGAGUACAUCCGCGGCGAGCACGAUGUAUUCCGCAUCGAGAAGCAGUCUUCGCGGUGGGAUGUCGACGAGCUCAGGCAAGCUUUGCCGUCUUCUGAUUCCGGGGACGCAGGAGAAGGCCGGAUGGUGGAUUAUGAUGCCUUGGUCAAGGUAAUUGUCCCGCACGAGGAGGAGUGGCCUGAUGCCAAGGAGACGCCGAGUUUCAACCAUCGGUUGUUCUAUGGCUCUCUCAAGGAGUAUCGCGCGAUUGAGCCUGCGGCGGAGGAGUGGGGUGAUACGCUCAUGUAUGGCGAAGUCGUCACCAGCACAAACACGCUUAUGGAUAAAAACCCCAAACUGCUCGCCCACCUCCCUACCGGCUUCACCCUUACAGCCACAACCCAAGUCGCCGGCCGCGGCCGCGGCACCAACGUCUGGGUCUCGCCAGCGGGCUGCCUCAUCUUCUCUACCGUGAUCAACCACCCGGCACACCUAGCCGCCUCCCACCCAGUCGUCUUCAUCCAGUACAUCGCCGCCAUCGCCAUCGUCGAGGCCGUCAAGUCGUACGACACAGCCUGCGGCGACGUUCCCGUGAAGCUCAAGUGGCCCAACGAUAUUUACUGCCGCGACCCAGCCUCAACCCCGCAAGACCCCUCCUACGUCAAAAUCGGCGGCAUCCUCUCCAACUGCGCCUACUCCCAAGGCGCCUACCAAAUCGUCCUCGGCAUCGGCAUCAACACCACGAACUCGCGCCCCACCACCUCCCUCAACGCCAUCGCUCCGGCGCCCUUGAAGAUGGCGGGCGGCUUCCGCCUCGAGUCGUUGCUGGCGCGGAUCUUGACCCGCAUCGAGGCGCUGUACGCGCAGUUCCGCCGCGAGGGGUUCUCGCGCGACCUCGAGGAGCGGUAUUACAAGCACUGGCUCCACUCGGGGCAGAACGUCACGCUCGAGGCUGAAGCGGGGGCUAAGGCGAAGGUGGUGGGUAUUACGAGGGACUGGGGUAUGUUGAAGGCUGUUGAGGUGGAUGGGAUGGGGAGGGAGACGGGGCGGAUGUGGGCGCUGCAGAGUGAUGAGAAUAGUUUUGAUUUCUGGAAGGGGCUUGUGAAGAGGAAGUUGUAG